AUGGCAGAAAUCUCUGAAGAAAUCAGGAGGGAUUGGGUAUAUGGGUCCACGAUACCGUACGCCGAGGCUUCGUGGGCACGCGGGCUACCUUCACCCUUCUACAACGACAGCCAUCGAUGUCUGCGGCAGGCGAUGAGGGACUGGGUGGAGAAGAAUGUGAUGCCGUUUGCACAGGAUUGGGACGACGCGCAGAGCAUUCCACCUGAAGUCUACGAAGCCGCGGCCAGAGAUGGCGUCCUCAUGCCCAUGGCUGCUGGCAGUCGCAUCCCCGAGGAGUGGUGCGGAAAAUAUCCCAUCAUUGGAGGCGUCAAGCCCGAGGAAUGGGAUGGUUUCCACGAUCUUAUCCUGCACGAUGAAUUUGGGAGGGCAGGAGGUAUUGGGUACGUCCAUUUACCCCUGAUUGCCUUUCCAGUUCUGCAAAGGUUUGGAUCCGAAGAGAUCAGGUCGAGAAUCGUGGACGAGAUCCUUCGCGGCAAGAAAAGAGUGGUUCUUGCGAUCACCGAGCCCAACGCAGGGUCGGAUGUACAAGGGAUCAGCACGGAGAUGGAAGAAUCCCCUAAUGCUGGGAACUUCAUUGUAAACGGCCAAAAGAAGUGGAUUACUGGAGGCAUGUACGCAGACUACUUCCUUACACUGGUAAAAGACCCGGCUGGGGGCCAGACGCUUCUUGUGAUCCCGCGACAGGACGGACUUACCACCAAGCACAUGAGAAUGAGCGGAUCUGGGGCCGCCGGCACUGCCUUUGUGGAAUUUGAUGAUGUACAGGUCCCUGUGCGGAAUGUGAUAGGCCAACGUGGCCAGGCAUUCAAGUACAUUGUGACCAAUUUCAACCACGAACGUCUGUUCAUCGCAUUUCAAGCUCUCCGAUGUGCGAGAGUCUGUUUGGAGGAUGCUAUCGAGUACGCCCUCAGCAGGGAGACGUUCGGCAAGAAACUGAUGGACCACCCUGUCGUACGUUUCAAGAUUGCCCACAUGAGCCGAGAGACAGAAGCACUACAAAGCUGGGUUGAGAACACCGUCUACCAAGCGAAGGCACUGUCGCCCAAAGAAGCUGAUUUUCUCCUGUCUGGGCCCACGGCACAGUUAAAAGCACACUCCGGAAUCGUCUUGGAACGCGUCACUCGCGAGGCUAUACAGAUAAUGGGCGGCAUCGGGUUGACGAGAGGCGGUAGAGGAGAGCGCGUGGAACGAAUCUGGCGGGAUGUGAAAGCGAUAACUGUCCCCGGUGGAUCAGAGGAGAUCUUGUUAGACCUUUCCGUGCGACGGGCGGUACUGGCGCAAAAGGUCCUCUCGGCGCCAGCAACCAAGCUUUGA